CUCGCUAAGACAUGUUAUCGUAAAUAUUUCCUCUUAAUUGUGGGGAAUAAUGAUUUCCAGUGCAAGCGUGUCUCAUUUAGCAACAGCAUCUCCGAUGGAUCGCCCGUUCGUUUAUCUGCUUCGAUCAACCACGGAAACGAGUCCCAUGUUGUCCAUGAUCCAGCGUUUAUUUGGGUGGAGGAAGUGACGACAAAUGACUUCAAAGCUUCCCUCGUAAAAGGGGGCCGAGGCAUCGAGAGCAACUCCACUACCAUCGAUUGGUUUGCGUUUCAGGGUUCCCAGUCAGGAGUACAUCAAGGAGAGACUAGUUUUAGCAUAUUUACCACUGGUUCAAAAUGCAAGCAGGUUGCAUUUCCUCGAGCCUUUUCCUCGCUUGCUAAAGUUCACGUUACUGUGAAGCAUGGUACUCCAAACCAAAUGCAGGACGCCAUGAAUGUUUGGAUCGAGCACGUUUCAACAACUCAGUUUGAAGUUUGUUUGCAAGAAUGGAGGAAAUUUGACGGACCUCAUAGCAAUCUAUCUGUGACCUGGAUGGCGUACCAAGGUGACUAUCCAUCAUCAUGGCAAGUGAAAGUAUCGUCAGAGGUCAUGUUCUCUGAGAAUGAUGGACUAACUUUUGAAACUAAUUUUGCCGUGUGCAAGAAUGUGCGCUUUCCAAGUCCAUACUACUCCCCACCAUUAGUACUCGCUACUGCUUUCAAUUGUGACUCAAACAAUGCUGACCCAGUGUGUACACAGGAAACUCCUCUGAGUGUUUGGUUGGAGCAGGUGACGACCUUCCACUUUCGCGUAUGCAUAAUAGAUGACACUGGUUAUGGUGGCCCGCGACACAAUGUGACUGUAAAUUACUUGGUCAUCGGAGAUCUUCAUCCUUGCAUAGGUAUAGAAUGCGAGAAAUUUGCUCAUUGUGUGGCAAUAUCUCCAUACGAAUACACUUGCCAAUGUAACACAAGCAGCCCUUCUUUCAAAGAAAAGGUCUGUGCUUCUAAUAACAGAAAAAAUUCGCCUGUACCUUGUCAGGACAUGGAAUUUACUCAGAACUACACAAAACCGCCGAUAGUUCUGCUUGCUGCAAAGCAUUCCACCAGUGGACAAGACUCUGCCGCUGCAGAAUUUGAUGGAAUAGAAAGUUGGGUAGAGUUUAUUACCAACACAAGUUUUAGAAUGUGUUUCAAAGAACUUUUCAUUCAACGCUUUGAUCCUCUUACCGUAUCGUACGCAGUGUUGCCAGACAUAUGUCAGGAUGAUUGGACGUAUUACAAUGGAUAUUGCUAUAGAAAAGUCUCGUCUUGUGACUCGUGGGAAAGUAGUCAGGAGACAUGUGCUUCCCUGGACGCAAAUCUUCCCAGCAUACACAGCCAAGAAGAAAAUGUAUUUGUUCAAAGUCUACACGGUAGUAAUCAAUCGUGGCUGGGUCUGUCUGAUAAUUCCACCGAAGAUUCGUUCGUUUGGAGCGAUGAGACCCCUUUAGACUUCCAUUACUGGGCAGAAGGACAGCCAAACAAUUUGCACAACCAAGACUGUGUUCACACUCUUGGUUUCCUUAAUGAGUUUACUUGGAAUGACGUAAAUUGUACCGACUGCCACAGAUUCACUUGGAAGAAAGAUUACAAUGAGUGCCAAUAUUUCGCUGACUCCUGUCCAGCAGGUGCGACUUGCGUGAACAGCUAUGGUUCCUUUACUUGUGUAUGCCCCACUGGAUAUACCUUCGAAGAGGGAGACUGUCUAGAGGUAAACGAGUGUCUGUCAGGUUUGUUUUCUUGCCAUGCACAAGCCCAGUGUUUGAAUACUCAAGGAUCGUACGAAUGUAGAUGCUUACCUGGUUAUGCAGGAGAGGGCAUUUUUGCCUGUGCAGACGUGGACGAGUGUCAAUCAAGAUCUCAUUCCUGUCAUGCACAAGCUCAGUGCGUGAACAUACAAGGCUCCUACGAAUGUAGAUGUUUAUUCGGAUAUUUGGGGGAUGGUCGUGCCACAUGUGCAGAUGUGAACGAGUGUCAAACGGGAUUAUAUUCAUGCCAUUCAAACGCUCGGUGUGUUAACACAAUUGGCUCAUAUGUCUGCAUAUGUUUGCCUGGAUAUCAGGGGAAUGGAUGGCGUUAUUGCAAUACUGUAAAAUCAUGCAAGGAGGUAUAUGAUGCAUCCAAAUCAAAUACGAGUAAACUGGUUUCCCUUCAUCUGGGCUCACAACCAACGACAGUUCUCUGUCACAUGAGAGAUUUUGGAUGUGGACAUGGAGGAUGGACGCCAGUCAUGAAGAUUAACGGCAACAAGAGUACCUUUCACUAUGAUUCUGGUUACUGGGGUAAUAAAACUGAAUACAACACUGCUGGAGGGGAGACUGGAUUCGACUCAAAAGAGACCAAGUUGCCUACUUACUGGGACACAUCCUUCUCAAAGAUCUGUCUCGGUAUGAAGAUCGGUGAACAGAUGAAAUUCAUUGUAAUCAAUAUGAAGGCCAGCUCUCUUUACUCAUUGAUCGCUAAGGGGAAGUACCGAAGCACCUCAUUGGGUCGUGACACGUGGAAGAAGCUUAUUGGCUCUGAGGCCUCGUUGCAGUUUGACUGUAACACAGAAGGGUUCAAUGUUAUCUGUGGUGGGUCCGGUUUUUCCAAAGCAAGAAUCGGCAUAGCUACUAACAACCAGAAUCACUGCAAUUCUUGCGACUCCAGGAUUGGGUUUGGUACAGGAGGGCAACCUGAUGACUCCAACACAUGUGGAAACGAGGCUUCGCUUUCAUCAGAUAAUGAAAAUAAACACAUUAAAGCCAUGGGUUACAUUUUGGUGUAUUUAUGCGGAAAGUUUAUUCAAAUGUUAAGAUUGGAUUCAGACAGAUUCAAUAAUAAAUAA